GGGGGUGCGGCUGGGGGCUAGAUGAGUGGGGGGCUGGGCGGCCGAGAGGGGGCGGGGCUCCGGUGUGGCCGGCCGUCUGAGCUUCAGUCUGGCCUGGGUCGUGGCGGUGGAGGGUGACGCCCGCCAGCACCCGCGCCGCCCUUAACACAACCCACGGAUUCUACCUGCGCCGCCGACCCUGGAGUGCAGCGUCGCCUCCCAAGCGCAGCGGGGUUCCAGGGGCGCCUCACCCGCCAGCCUAGCGCCCCAGGGAGCCACGCGGGGCGCCUUGGUUUUGGAAUGACGGAGAAACACAAGAAGGAAACACUAAAUGAGGAGAUAAUGGAGGAGAGAGAACACACUAAGGAGGAAAGGAGAGAAAAGAGAGAGAAGAGAGAGAAGAGAGAGGAGGAGAGAAAACAAUGGACAAUGAAAACACAGAGGAAGUGAGAAAGAGAAAGCGAAAGAUAAAUUGAAGGAAAGAGAAGGAGAGAAAGAAAAACAAACGAACGAAGGAAAAGGAAUCAACAAACAAACAACAGGAAAAGCACAUUCUCUUCAAGGCCUUACACACACACACACACACACACACACACACACACACACACACACACACACACACACACACACACAGACACACACACACACACAUUCUUUACGGUUCAUGUACCCUAGUGAACUCAAACAUACACAUCUUCAAAUACACAUACAACUUACGUAAACAGCUCAAAUACACUCAUACACAUUCAUACACAGAUACAUACAACAUACACCUAAAUACACUCAUAUUUCUACACCUUCCACCUUCCAUACAUUAUUAGGUAUACACAAACUUUACGUAAAUGCUUCAAACACACUCAACAUAUACACACGUACACACAACAUACACCCACACAUGUACACCCAUACACGCCCCUACACCCUCCUGCUCCCAUACGGUACACCUCCACAGUUCACACCAAAACGCUGCCAAGGAAACCAACACAAACAAACCAGGUCAUUAAAAUCUGAGGCUGCAACAAAUCUCCUUACAGACAUAAGCCAGAGUAAACCAGCUCCCCAUUCCUCUCCCCCUUCACAAAACCCAGGAAAAAGGAGAACUCGUUUUCCCCCAUUUCCUUUUCCCCCUCCUUUUGUAACCUCUGACUUUCCAUUCCAUUGCAAAGGCGAUUUCUCUGUGCACCGAGGCCUAUAGAGAUUUAGGCCUCCCGUUUCUCCUUCUCUCGUAUUCCUAAGCUGGUCUUUACGAAAUCUCUUUACCGCACGUUUUCUGUAUACGAAGAAGGUGAGAGACAAUGAUAAAGGAGACUGUGUCGGGUAUAUACAUCACUGAAAUGAGGCAGAGAUUUGGAAAUAUUUAAACAGAUGGGAAAAUGUGGGAAAUAAGAGUGUAGGAGCUGGAAUAUGAUACAGAUGUGAAAAUUAAAUAUCACUGUUGAAAAAAAAAAUGGAAGGAAAAUGUCAAUGAAGCGAGAGUCAAAAUAUAAAUAAACUUGAGUGAAGGGAAAGAAAUGAAACUGAGAGACGAACACGUAAAGAUUGAAAGUCAAAUCAAGAAAUUUGAGAAAAAAAAUAGAGAAAAGACAAUCUGUAUGAAGCACAAGUAAAUGAAAAGAGAAUAAAAGUGAAAAAAAGGACGAAAGAGAAAAGAACUGAAGGACAAAUUUAGAGAGGGAAAGAAAAUGUAAAAGUGAGGAAAAUUUUUAAAACCGUGAAGAAAAAAAAAGAGAUGAAAGGAUAACACGACAAACAAGAAAAGCCAAUUAAUAAAUCAAAUAAAGAAAACAACAAAAUAAAGUAAAGAGAAUGAGGUAGACGAAGCGAUACGGCACAAAAAAAAGAAAGAACGAGAAACACAAAAAGAGAAUAAGAAAAAAACAAAACAAAACACAAAAACUAACUAGAAGAGAGAGAGAGAGAGAGAGAGAGAGAGAGAGAGAGAGAGAGAGAGAGAGAGAGAGAGAGAGAGAGAGAGAGAGAGAGAGAGAGAGAGAGAGAGAGAGAGAGAAGACAGACACAAACUAAACACAAGCAGAAAUCGAGAGGCGGAGAAAUAGUAGUGAUCGAGUGAGGAAGGAAGAGACAGCGAGGGUAAGGGAGGGAAACAAGCCCCAAGAGGACACAAGAGGAAGAGAAGAGGAGAGAGCAAGAGUGGGUAGUGUGUGUCAUGCCCGUGGUGGCAGCCCUGCUCCUCACAGCCACCCUCUUGGGGAUCUGCUUCAACUGUUACAUCUUGUUCCUGUCUUGCACCCAAAACUUCAGACAGACCCGCACCACCACCCACAUCCUUCUGCUCCACCUCGGCGUGAUCGACCUCCUGCUGGCCGCCAUCUUCCUCUUCGCCCUCUUCCCGUCAUUCCUGAAGGAGGGUUGGCUGAGCGGCGCGGGGUGCUGGGUGGCUGGCGGGGCGUGGGCCACCCUGCACGUGGCCGCGGUGUGGACGCUCACGGCCCUCAACCUGGACAAGUAUGUGGCCAUCGCGGCGCCGCUGCACUACGCCCGCUUCGUGUCCCCGGCGCGGGUGGCCGCCGCCGUGGGCGUAUCAUGGGUGUUGGCUGCCAGUCUGUGCGCACUGCCCAUGGCGCUGCCGGGGAUGCGCGGCGCGCCGCAGCCUCCCACAGGAUGCUCACUUGACCUCGCCUCGGCGCCGCCACUGCUGGGCCGCUCCUACGCCUUCACCCUGGCCCUGCUGGGGUACCUACUGCCCGCCCUGCUGGUGGCCACCGCCAACUUCCGCAUCCUGGUGAUCGCCCGCCACCACCGCCACCGCAUCGUGACAGCGCUGUGGGACGUGACGGUGUCUGCCCAAGCCACCGUCACGCCCCAGCGCUCACACUUCUACCUCAGCCGCUACCGAGGCCGCUCCGCAGCCACCACUGUGUGUCACCUGGUGGGCACCUUCCUGCUGCUGUACCUGCCGCCCGCCGCCUGCGUGCUGUACGAGGCCGUGGCGCGUGUGCGUCCGCCCCACACCCUCGUGCUGGCCAACCUGGUCCUCCUCACCCUGGCGCCCGCCAUCAAUGGCUUCGUGUACGGCAUCAAGAGCAAGGUGCUCAGGAAGAACUUCAAGAACUUCCUGCGGAAACGUCUGUACCGCAGCGAAGUGAACUACGAGAUCCAGUCGCGCGCGCCGUCAGUGUCCGCGUCACGCCGGCCGUCGAUGACGCCGUCCCUGUCCAUGCCGCUCCAGCAUAAGCUGCAGCGGCGCAUGUCGGAGAUCCUGGUGCAGCCCUCCGUGGCGGCGGCAGGCGACGCGGCCACCGGGGCGCCCCGCCUGGUGCGGCGGUCCUCCGAGCUCAGCAUGCGCGCCCGCGGUUCCAGCUGCUCCAUCACCCGUGAGACUCCCCCGCCGCGGCCACCCAGCUGCUCACCCCUCGGGGUGCAGGGUGAUGCCUCGGCUGCGGCCAAGGAGGCGCCCACACCCUCCCCAAAGGCGGCCUCUCCCCCAAAGAGUCCCAAGAGUCCCAAGAGUCCCCUGAUCCGCCCCUCUCGAGUGUUCCGCUUCCUGCAGCAGUCCACCAGUCUGGAAGAGAACCCCGGGGCCGAGGUGGAGGGCGGCGGGCCAGCCCUCGCCGCCACGCACCGCUCCUCUCUCAGGCGAGCGCUGUUCGCCCGCAACAAGCAGAAGAGCCUCGACUUUGAGAUGACGAGCCUCACCCCGCACGACACCGCCGCGGAGGUUCCGCCCCGCAGUGCCUCCACGCAGGUGGUGGGAGAGCCGGCCUCUCCCUCCCUGGCGCGGCCGCUGCUGCUGGAGGGCCAGGCCCCGCCGCCGCUCUCUCCCGCCAGGAAGACCAAGCGGGUCUCGUGGUCCUCGGACAGCUUCUCGGACUCCCCAAUGGAGUCUGACUCCGACGCGAUGACGCCCACGGGGGCGGGGGCGGCGGGCCCCGGGGCGGCGGGCUCCAUGGGGCCCCGCUACCGCACCAAGGCGCUGCUGCGACACAACGGCCUGCGCUUCCAUUUCUCCAAAGUGUCGCUCGAGAGGAUUGACUCCGAGGACACCCGCGCCCCGCCAGUAGAGAUGAAUGGGCCCGGCCCGUCCCCGCCGCCCACGCUCACCAUGGUGCACCAGCCCGCCCUCCAUGGCGCGCCCGUCACCAACGGCAGGAUCAUGUCCAGCCUCAACGGUCGCCCCAAGCUGCUGACGGCGGGCUUCCGGGACUGAGGCGCGGGGCUCGGCCUGGCGGGGCGGUACGACAGGAAACAAUGAGCACAGAGAAACACUAGCGCCUCGUUGCCUCGCCCCGUCAGGUGUGCCCCGCAGCCCCGCCGCGCGCCCUGCCGCCGCGGCGCCACACACGUCAUUCCAGCGAGUCAGGCCAGCUUACCUCAGUCCCGCCGCCAGGACGCGCCAAGGAAGACGGGACGCGGCACACGUUUUCCUCCCUCCACGCCCCCACGCCCACCACGGCACUCUACUCGAGCUUUCCUUUCGUCCUGCCCCCUCCCGGCAUCCACGCCCCGCCCCACUGCUGACCCCUCCCGCCCUGAGCACACUGACACCCCGGGAGCACAAGGACGCCCAUGAUCUCAAGCGCUGACAGCCACGACGCUCUUCCUCGGAGGUGACGCGGCGCGGUGCCCCACCUCCCCCUCCCUAUGCGUGCCCGGGCCGCGGUGAGGCGAGGCAGCCCGGGCCUCUAUGUUCUAGUGAGUCUUUAUGUUCUCUGUGAUGGCGCCCUUCACUUCCCUUCACGCCCCUUCACUCCCCGGCAGCAUGUUUCACCGUGCCCCUUCACUCUGCCCUGCAAACCCCCCGGGGCGUCCCACGAGGCGAGUGUCUGGCGCUCACUCGCCCUGGUAAUGACACUUGAGUGUCUGGCAUACGCUCGCCUUGUUGAACGCUGCUCCGGUUUGUCUACGCGCCUCAAGCAAACAAACACGCCCAAACUCCGCCAUAUUGAUAACAAGGAUGGCUCUGUGGUGCAGGACUGAGCUCGCGGCCCGAGAGGUGUGAGUUCGAUCCUGGCUCACGGCAGCUUGUGGGUGGCAGGACUAGCGCGCUUCUCUCACCUCGGCAGGCGCCUUAUGACCUUCGUGUUGCGGCGCGUUCACUCAACUACAUGAAACGAGAUAUAGUAAACAAUAAAACACACACACACACACACACACACACACAUACAAACAAUACAAACAUAUCCACACGAUGACAAACUAUCACAAAACAAAGUAAAACAAAAAAAAAACAAACAAACCAGCCAACCGUCAGUGUUCAUCUUACGCCACGUUUUUUUCCAAGAUGGCGGAUCUGAGGCGUGUUUUGUUUGUUUGUUUACGGCGCGGUUGUUUGUCUUGUUUGUCAGGCGGAGGACGAGGGGCUGUGUUGAUUUGUUUGCUGUGUAAGUAGAAGUUUGUGCUGUGUAGACGGCUUCUGUGUGUGUGUGUGUGUGUGUGUGUGUGUGUGUGUGUGUGUGUGUGUGUGUGUGUGUGUGUGUGUGUGUGUGUGUGUGUGUGUGUGUGUGAGGAUGUCGUGUGCGUUUUUAUAUUACAGAUGAGCUUCCUUCCUUCUCUCCUUCCAUCUUUCAUUUUCUUUCUUCCUCAAUGUGUGUGUGUGUGUGUGUGUGUGUGUGUGUGUGUGUGUGUGUGUGAACCAGCCCUACAUAUACUUAUUAAUUUCUACUACUACCACUACUACUACAACAACAACAACAAGAACUACUACUACUACCACUACUACUACUACUACUACUACGACUACUACUACUAUAAACAAAGACAAUGUAGACACAGUAAACUCACAAAAACAACAAAUACUACUACUACUACCGCUCCCUCCCCCACCACACCCCAACCCAUGAAGACAUUACAGUACCUUCACCACCCACUCACCCCACAGAGCUUAAUAGAGUAAGAGAGAAGAAAGAGAAGAUCCAGUUUACCACAGUCCUCCUCUUCUCAGGCUCCCUCAACCCCCGUUUUCUUUAGUAACGGAAAAUGGGAAAAAAGGAGAAAUCUGGCUCUAUAUUUUUUACUUAAUUUUCGUACGUGUUAACUGGAGGAAAUAAAGGCGAGGUCUGUGGUAAUAGGAUCUGAUUCCCAGUAAGGUGUAUAGCGUUGUAUUGUGUAUAGCUUGGCGCCAAAGUGUAGUACAUAUAUCUAUAUUAUUAUGAAUAUAUAUACAAAUUAUUUAUUUUAUGUAUAUAUCGUAGUGAACAAACCCUGGUGAAGAAAUACUACCUGUUUACUUUCUUUUUUUUGUAUUUUUUCUUUUUAUUUGGUACAUUAUCUUUUAUUAUUGAUAUUAGCGUUAUGUUCCGUAAUGUUUCGUUCAGUUAUGCUCCCACAAGGCGACACGAAGAGGGAAAGACACACGCUCCCGUAAUGCAUCAGAUUUUUAUUUUUUUAUUUUAUUUUAUUUUCUUUUUUUAUUGUGUUACCAUUACGAGGAUGGAAAGAUUGAAAUAUUUGUCACAGGAAUCUUUGUUGUCUUUGUUACGUAAUGGAGGAUUUGUCAUGUCACUCUGUACGGUCAUCACUUCUUUUUGCAGAUAUUUUCGUUCAGUAUAUUUCCGUUCUAUAAUGUUACGGUCACGGAUUUUUUUUUCUUUUUUUUUUUAUAUAUAUAUUUUCGUUCAGUAUGUUUCCCUGUCUCAGAAUGUUACGGUCACCACUUUAUUUUCCUUCCAGUUAUGUAUAUUUUCGGUCAGUGUAUUUCCUCUCUUUUGUAAUGUAAUGGUCGCUACAUUCUUUUUCUUAUUUUUACGUAUAUUUUCGCUCAGUAUAUUU